UGCAGAAUAAGUUGUUGAAAAAUGAUUAGGAAAGAGAGAUUUGCGUCGAAGUCUUCCAACUCCACGGCGGAAAGAGAGAGGCCGCGGCGGAAGAGAGGAAGGAGAAGCAACGACGUCUGCCGUCUUCUCUUUGCUCCCAACUUCUUUGUUCAUUUGCGUUGCCGCUCGAUCUCCAGGCUUCAAUCACUGACUUUUAAGUUUAGCUUGGAGUACCAAAAUGAGUGACAAUUUGAUGGAUAAAGUCAGUUCCUUUGGGGAACGUUUGAAAAUUGGUGGUGCUGAGGUGAGCAGGAAAAUGAAAGACAGCAUGAGCUCCAUGAGUUUCAAGAUGAAGGAGUUAUUCCAAGGUCAGAACCAAGCUGAGAAGAUCGUGGAAGAGGCAACAUCGGAGAACUUAGAUGGUCCUGACUGGUCUGCUAACCUUGAGAUCUGUGACAUGAUUAACAGUGAAAAUUUCAACAGUAUUGACUUUAUCCGUGGCAUAAAGAAACGGAUCAUAUUGAAGGAUCCCAGGGUUCAAUACCUUGCUUUAGUCCUUCUUGAGACCUGUGUAAAAAAUUGUGAGAAGGCUUUCUCAGAGGUUGCUGCAGAGCGCAUCCUUGAUGAGAUGGUCAAACUUAUUGAUGAUCCUCAGACUGUUGUAAAUAACAGGAAUAAAGCUCUUAUCAUGAUUGAAGCAUGGGGAGAGUCUGGGGAUGAGCUCCGGUAUUUACCAGUCUAUGAGGAAACCUACAAGAGCUUGAAAUCUAGAGGUAUCCAUUUUCCAGGACGAGAUAACGAAAGUUUAGGUCCAAUUUUUACUCCACGUUCAGUUACAGAGACCGAAGCAGAUGACAGUUUGUCACAACAGACUUAUGACGAUGUACCCACAUUUAGUUUAACAGCUGAACAGAUAAAGGAAACAUUUGAUGUUGCUCACAACAGUCUUGAACUUCUGUCAACAGUUCUCUCUUCCUCACCUCAUCAAGAAGCUCUUCAGGACGACUUGACAAAAACCCUCUUCCUACAAUGCCAACAAAGCCAAUACACUGUCCAGAGAAUCAUCGAGACCGCAGCUGACAAUGAAGUAGUUCUAUUCGAGGCCUUGAACAUCAACGAUGAGCUCCAGAAGGUCCUCUCUAAGUAUGAAGAGCUGAAGAAGCCUCCGCUGGUACAAUCCGAACCUGAACCAGCAAUGAUACCGGUCGCUGUGGAACCCGAAGAUUCUCCUCGUGUCAGUAGAGAAGAUGCCCUCGUCCGAAAACCUGUUGGUUCAAGGACCAAGUCAAGCAGCGACGAUGACGCCCUGAAGAACCUUGACGAGAUGAUCUUUGGCACCAAGGGAGGCAGCACAUCCGAGGAUCAAGAUCCCAAAAAGAAGCAACAGAAGGAUAAUCUGAUCACCUUCUAAGUAUCUAUCUUCCUGUUGUUUACAGGUACAAGUCUACUUCUGAUGGUGUCUUGUGUUGCUUUAUUUUAGAAAACUAAGGAAAAAAGAAAUGUGUUCUAACUUAUCCUAUUUUACUUUGGUUGUGAUUAGGGGGUAUAAAUGAACCAAGUCGUUUAUGAGUUAUUCGAAGUUCGAUUUAAUAAAAAUUCGUUUGAACUCGUUUAA